UUCAGUGUAAACGGAAGUGAACAUUGACCAAGAACCACUUUAGCGGUUUUAAUUGUUGACAUUUAGACGUUUGGCAUACUGGAACAAAAACAAUUACUCAUAACAGCAUCACAUACUUACCCCAUGUAGUGUUUAAUUUGCGUUGGAGACUGGGCUUUGUUAAUUGAUGGUAUCUAGGUAAAGCUAGCUAGACUAACGUUAGCUAACAAUGGCUAACUGUAUGGUUUUUCACACUCAAAUAGCCUCCAUCAUGGAGGUGCUAGCGAAUGCAGCCGUGGCAGAGAUCUGUAAACUCGUAGACGACGACUAUGCAGUGUUCCGUUUGGAAAUGUCUCAAAGCCAGAAAGAAAACAGGGGAUUGCGGAGGAAACUACAGCUAUUGGAAUUGAAGGUAUCACGGGAGCGCGCAGAGCGCGUCCUCGCCAGUCGUCCCAGUAGUGUCAAGAUCCUUGACCGAUACAGAGGAAUGGCAAGAGGUGAAGGACAUCUCACUGGAGGCCACAGGAGCUUUGUGAAGCCAGCGGGACACAAUACAUGGAGAGAUGACCAACCAAUAACUAUUGAUGAGGGGAGUGGAACCUCAACCCAGCGCGUUAUCGUGAUAGAGUCUGCAGAGGCUGCAGGUCCUGCAGGGUUGUCUCUGGUGAAACAAGAGAGGACUGAAGAAGAGCACCCACAACACAGCAGAAGCAUCCCUACUGGUGUAACGUCUGGAGUGGCGCCCCCUGUAGCCACGGAGGACCUAUCCAUCGCUGCUGCGACCCAGCUCAGGACUCGAUGCAGCAUCACGGAGGUCAGUGGAACGCUGAACGCCGUACUCAAGUCAGAGACAGACACUUCAACUGUAACACAAAGGCUUUUACAAGAUGGAUUAUCUGACCACAGGUCAGACCCAGAGAGACUGGAGCCAGGGAGACUGGGCUGUACUCCUGCUACCGGCUCAGAGUAUUUACUUUACGUUAACCGAAGCCCGAGGACGGUUCAUUCCCAUCUGGACUCAGGUAACGCGUUAGAGACUGGCAAUGAUCCGUCUUGUUCUUACACUUCAGAGAUGGACCCUGGCAACAUACCCUUGGGCUUAGAGACACAGACUGCUCUGUCUAGAGGGGACUGGAACCGGUACAGUAGUAGUGUAUACUCUGAAGGGUGCCUAGAUAAGAAAGGGGAGGUUAUAGUGGUAGACGAUGGGACUGUGAAAGUGGAGGGCGACGCUCCUCCCACAUGGAAUGCAGAUAGUCACCUAGGAGACGGACAAUCACAGGGCAGAGAUUUUUUAGAUUACAGCGAAAGCUUAGAAACAAAUCCAAAUGUCGCAACCAACUCCCCUUUACACACGCUCAGAGAUCGCGACCCAGUGUCCAUGUCGUUGGGGCCUUCUGAUUCACACGGCCAUGUCCUUUUUGAUCAGGUAUUGAACUCAAACGACAGGGCUAGAGGCCAGGUUCAGGAAGGGGGAGCCACAUCUGGCAGUAGUAAAGAGAAACGAUUCUUCUGCAUGUUCUGUAACAAAGGCUUCAGCUGCCCCCAGAAAGUGGAGAUCCAUCAGAGGGUCCACACAGGGGUGAAACCCUUCAGCUGUACCCAGUGUCACAUGCGCUUCGCCCAGGCUGGUGACCUGAAGAGGCACCAUAGGGUCCACACAGGGGUAAAACCUUUCAGCUGUACCCAGUGUCACAUGCGCUUUGCCCAGGCUGGUGACCUGAAGAGGCACCAGAGGGUCCACACAGGGGAGAAACCAUUCGGCUGUCACCUGUGCCGUGCUAGUUUCUCCCACUCAUCCAGCCUGAAGAGGCACCAGAGGGUCCACACAGGGGAGAAGCAUACAGCUGCCCCCAGUGUGAGAAGAGGUUCUCCCACCAGCACCAGCUGAAGAUGCACCUGAAGAUGCACACGGGAGAGAGGCCAUUCGCCUGUACGCACUGCAGGAAGAGGUUCUCAGAGAGCCCAUUCAAUGCGGGGGGGGCAUUGAAAUCACUAAAACCAAAUGGGAACUGUGUAGGAAUGAUAAUGGAGCUACAUUUAUUAUCUCCUCUCAUGUCUAGCUUGCUAACAGGCAUCGAAACAAAAUCUAGACAGUUGUUGAGCAUCAAUUUAUUUAUUUUUAAAAGGGGAAUAAUGGCAAAUUUCAAAAAAGUCCUGACUCAUUGUUUGACUGUCUGUCAAAGGGAGAGAGAGCUAAAGCCAGAGCUACAUCACCAUAGCUACUGAUACAUGCAUGUUAUUGAAAUGUGAUUAAUGCUCACUGUGCAAUUUUUCAUUGGGGUAGAUCAAAUGUGUUAUUAUUACAUGUAUUAUAAGCCUACAUUUACAAAAUCGGUAGACUAAUGACAAUCAUUUACAAAAUGAUGCAGGGGAUUUUGUUUGUAAGCCAGGGCCAAAUUGCCUUCCUCACGUGAGAAUGAUAAUGUGGUAAUGCAGGUAAUUUUAUGCAAUGGAAAAGCAUUCUAAUACCCGUGCAUCAAAUAACCUACUCCUUAAAAGUCAUGUAUUGAUUAUACACUGAGUUUACAAAACAUUAGGGACACCAUGACAUAGACUGACCAGGUGAAAGAUAUGAUUCCUUAUUGAUGUUACUUGUUAAAUACACUUCAAUCAGUGUCGAUAAUUUUUAAGCCUUGAGACAAUUGAGACAUUGAUUGUGUAUGUGUGCCAUUCAGAGGGUGAAUGGGCAAUACAAACAAUGUAGAUUCCUUUGAAUGGGGUUUGGUAGUAGGUGCCAGGAGCAGCAGUUUGGGUCAAGAACGGCAACACUGCUAGGAUUUUCACACUCAACAGUUUCUUGUGCGCAUCAAGAAUGGUCCACCACACAACUGUGGGAAGCAUUGGAGUCAACAUCGGCCAGCAUCCCUGUGGAACGCUUUCAACACCUUGUAGAGUCCAUGCCCCGACGAAUUGAGGCUGUUCGAAUGGCAAAAGGUGGGGGUGCAACUCAAUGUUAGAAAGGUGUUCUUAAUGUGUUGUACACUCAGUGUACAGAAUAUAGCCUACUUGAUGAAUGAUGAUCACUGCAAUCAACAGCUGCAGUGUUGCUCAUUGGAUUACCCCAUAUCAUGAAAUAGGCUAUGUGAAAUUAUUUUAAAACAAAAGGUCGGACACAUGGAAUUACUUUUAUUUGGAUGGAUGGUUGGCAUUACAAAGGUAAGCAGAUAUUUUCUUAUCUAAAAUGUGUGUGAAACUUUUCUUCUGUAUACAUUUGUCAAGCUCAUUAUGUGUUGUUUCGCACACAGGGCCCUAAGCUGAAUGGACUUGUGCUUGGUAAAAACCUUAGACUAUUUACACAAUAAGGCCUGGGGUGUGGUAUAUGGCCAAUAUACCACGGCUAAGGGCUGUUCUUAUGCACGACGCAACGCGGAAUGCUAGGACACAGCCCUUAGCCGUGGUAUAUUGGCCAUAUACCACAAACCGCCGAGGUGCCUUAUUGAUAUUAUAAACUGGUUACCAACGUAAUUAGAGCAGAAAAAAUAAAUGUUUUGUCAUACCCAUGGUAUACGGUCUGAUAUACCACAGCUGUCAGCCAAUCAGCAUUCAGGGCUCGAACCACCCAGUUUAUAAUGCACAAUAUAUUCCAACAAAAUACACCAACGACAUCAGUUAGGAGAUAAAGGUUGUGAGCACAGUGUUUCUGAUCAGAUCAGCAAUUAUAUUCUAAUGUAUAGUGCCUUUGGAAAGUAUUCAGACCCCUUGACUUUUUCCACAUUUUGUUACUUCAGCUUUAUUCUAAAAUGGAUUAAGUAAAAAACACUCUUCAGCAAUCUACACACAAUACCCCAUAAUAACAAAGUAAAAACAGCUAAUUAUAUUUUGCAAAUCUAUUAAAAAAAUAUAUAUAUACACAACUAUUCAGACCCUUUGCUAUAAGAUUUGAAAUUGAGCUCAGGUGCAUCCUGUUUCCUUGAGAUGUUUCUACAACAGUAUUGGAGCCCACCUGUGGUAAAUUCAAAUGAUUGUACAUGAUUAGGAAAGGUACACAACUGUCUGUAUCAGGUUCCACAUUUGACAGUGCAUGUCAGAGCAAAAACCAAGCCAUGAAGUUGAAGGAAUUGUCCGUAGAGCCCAGAGACAGAAUUGUGUCGAGGCACAGAUCUGGGCAAGGGUUUCAAAACAUUUCUGCACCAUUGAAGGUCCCAAGAACACAGUGGCCUCCAUAAUGCUUAAAUGGAAGGAGUUUGGAACCACCAAGACUCUUCCUAGAGCUGGCCGCCCGGCCAAACUGAGCAAUCAGGGGAGAAGGGCCUUGGUCAGGGAGGUGACCAAGAACCCGAUGGUCACUCUGACGGAGCUCUGGAGUUCCUCUGUGGCGAUUGGAGAACCUUCCAGAAGGACAACCAUCUCUGCAGCACUCCACCAAUCAAGCCUUUAUGGUAGAGUGGCCAGACGGAAGCCACUCUUCAGUAAAAGCCCGCUUUGAGUUUGCCAAAAGGCCCCUAAAGUCUCUCGGACCAUGAGAAAAAAGAUUCUCUGGUCUGAUGAAACCAAGAUUGAACUCUUAGGCCUGAAUGCCAAGUGUCACACCUGGAGGAAACCUGGCACCAUCCCUACGGUGAAGCAUGGGGGUGGCAGCAUCAUGCUGUUUGGAAGUUUUUUAGCAGCAGGGACUGGGAGACUAGUCAGUAUCGAGGCAAAGAUGAACGGAGCAAUGUAUAGAGAGAUCCUUGAUGAAAACCUGCUCCAGAGUGCUCAGGACCUCAGACUGGGGUGAAGAUUCACCUUCCAACAGGGCAACAACCCUAAGCACACAGCCAAGACAAUGCAUGAGUGGCUUUGGGUCAAGUCUCUGAGUGUCCUUGAGCGGCCCAGCAGAGCCCGGACUUGAACCCAAUCGAACAUCUCUGGAGAAACCUGAAAAUAGCCGUGCAGCAAAGCUCCCCAUCCAACCUGACAGUGCUUGAGAGGAUCUGCAGAGAAGAAUCGGAGAAACUCCCCAAAUGAAGGUGUGCCAAGCUUGUAGCGUCAUACUCAUGAAUACUCGAGGCUGUAAUCGCUGCCAAAGGUGCUUCAACAAAGUACUGAGUAAAUGUGAUAUAAGUUUGACAUUUUUUAUAAAUGUUCAAAAAUAUUUAAUCCAUUUUAGAAUAAGGCUGUAACAUAACAAAAUGUGGAAAAAGUCAAGGGGUCUGAAUAAGUUCCGAAUGUACUGUAUUUGUGUGGCUACGAUGUCAUCUUUAGAGCACUGCAUUUUCUGCUUGGUUUCACGAAAAAAUGCAUUGAAAGAAAUUGAAUAGGCUACUACCGAGGUCUGAUGAUGCUUCUAACAAUAUAGUAAAAGGCGUGUUGUGUUGGGUGAUGUGCUAAAGUCUGAUGUAGGCUAUUUUGAACACUGCCGGUGUGUUUGAGUUGUCCCCUCUCAAAGGUAAAAUUGCAACCCACAACCCAAAUUUAUCACAUAAACAUUUCUCAAUCGUUUGGGCUUCCUGAAUUUAGUAUGUUUGUUGAUAACGUUUAUUAUUAUCGUAGAUUUGCGUUAUUCUACAAAGUUCUAUCUUAAGUUACCUUAACCUGGUAACGUAACUCUUGCUCUACCUCUGCCUCUCUCUCUCCCUGAAUGAGAAAGAUGUACACUUUGACAGUCCAACAAUGAGUCAGAAAGGUUUAAGACACAUUUUCUAAAUGUGCUGUUAUUCCCCUUUAAGAGUAGCCCACCGACCUCUGUGAAGACUGAAUGCGGCCUGUGGGGCAAAAUGAGUUUGACUAUAGGCUAUAUGAUGUUCACAAAUGCCUAUUUCAUUACUUAUUUUUAUCCCAAGACACUUUUAAUGAGAAAAGGUAUGCAGUUUAUCAAGUUCAUGAUGAUUUUUUUGUUGAGGUAUGUGUUUUUCAUAUGGUGUAUUUAACAUUUGUUUAUGUUUAAUGAACACAAAAUAAAACUUUU